CUUCGUUCGUACCCCCAGCCCUAACUGGUCGAUCUUCUCCCUUCCCCGUUCCCCUGACCGCCGCCGCCGAGCACGUGCGCCUCCAUGCCUCCCCCCGCCGGGGCGCAGCUCGCCGGCCACCUCGAAGGCGUUCUCCUCUCGUAGUCGCCUUCCUCAUCCCCUCUACUGGACCGGCGUGGAGUGGAUUGGUUUCUUCUGUUCACGAUGACUAGGUGGGACGAAAUUUUGACUCUUCCAGUUCAGAACCCACACACGAUGGAGUUCUCAGCGGCAGAUAUCAUGUGGUCCAUGGUUGAGGGCUGGAGGGAUUCUAUGGACAGACUUGCGCUUAUUCCAUAUUCUCGGGUGAAUGACUUUGUCAGAGGAGAAUCGAACAAUAAAGAUUGCCCUACAAGAUUUCAUGUCGAAGCGCGGAGAAGGCGUCCUCCAACAAUGAACUGCAAACCAAAAGUUGAUGGGAUACUUGAGUACAUUCUGUAUUGGUGUUCUUUUGGUCCAGACGAUUAUAGAAAGGGUGGUAAUGUCCGGCCUAGUAGGCCCUUUUCAGAAAAGAGGAAAACACCUGCUGGUCGCCCAAAUACAAAGAGGGGCUGUGUUUGCCAUUUUAUUGUGAAGCGUUUGAUUGCGGAACCAUCAGUGGCUCUUGUGAUAUAUAACCACAAUAAGCAUGUAGAUAAGAAAGGCAUGCCCUGCCAUGGUCCUAUGGACAAGAUGGCUAUAGGGACGAAGGCAAUGUUUGCACCAUACAUAUCCGAUGAGCUACGUCUACAAGUUAUGUCUUUGCUAUAUGUUGGUAUUCCAGUGGAGACCAUAAUGCAGAGGCAUACUGAAAUGGUUGAAAAGCAAGGAGGGCCAUCAAAUCGAGAUGAUCUUCUUACUCACAGAUAUGUUAGGAUACUGGAAAGGAAAAUACGGCGUUCUGUUUAUGAGCUUGCUGAUGAUGACGCUGUUAGUAUUGACUUAUGGGUUGAAACUCACCAGGAGUAUAUAUUUUUCUAUGAAGACUUUUCAGAUACGGACACCUUUGUCCUGGGUAUUCAGACAGAUUGGCAGCUCCAGCAGAUGAUUCAGUAUGGCAACCGUAGUUUACUGGCUUCUGAUUCGAGGUUCGGAACAAACAAGUUAAAGUAUCCUGUACACAGCAUCCUUGUUUUCGACCAGCAGAAAAAUGCAAUUCCUGUUGCUUGGAUCAUUACUCCUGAUUUUGCACAUGGUGAAAUAUAUAGAUGGAUGGGUGCUCUUUAUGAUCGAGCUCAUACAAAAGAUCCGACAUGGCAGUUGGGCGGCUUUAUUAUUGAUGAUCCCUUAGUGGAUGUUCGCACAAUAAGUAUGCUGAGCAGGGAGGUGUUCCAGUGCCCGGUGCUGAUUAGUUUAUGGCGUAUCCGGCAUGCUUGGCACAAAAAUUUAGUCACUAAGUGUUCAGACAUUGAGAAGCGUUCAGCGAUGGCCAAACGUCUUGGAGAUGUAAUAUCCAGUAUAUGCAGAGGAAAUGGUCAUGUUGAAUUAUUUGAAGCCUUUCUGCAAGAUUUUGUUGAUUGCUCUGGUUUUCUAGACUACUUCAAAGCUCUAUGGUCUCCAAGACUUGGGGCAUUGACAACUGUCUUAAAGGCCACCCCAUUGGCCACCGCAGAGGUGGCUUCAGCAAUCGAGAGUUACCAUCACUUGCUAAAACUCCGGCUAUUGAAUGAGGCGGAUGAAAGUGUCUACUGGCGUGCAGAUUGGUUGGUUCAUAAGUUGGGUACAAAGGUCCAUUCUUACUACUGGUUGGAUGCAUACGCAGGAAAGGACAGCUUUUCACGUUACUGGAGGAGUGAAUGGAGAAGUGGCCCAAAUCCAUGGCGCCAGGGAUUACAAAUUCCAGAUUCUGAUGUUACUGUUGAAGGCAACUGUGCCAGAGUGAUCUGCCAGAAAAAUAAGGAGAAGUCCCAUGUCGUACUGAAUCCAGGUUCUGAGUUUGCGUUGUGCGAUUGUAGCUGGUCAAGGAAGGGGAACCUUUGCAAACAUUCAAUAAAGUCGACCAAGGUCUACAGGGACAGGGGAUUGGCACCACCAUCUAUGGCACUGUUUCGCUAUUACCAGGCAUUGGCAAAUCUUGUUCAUUGCCCGCCCAGUGAUACUGUGAUUAGUGAUCAUGCAAUGGCUGUGGCAGUUUCUGUUAGAACACAGUUAGAUGCAUUGUUUUGCACCACUAAUGGUAACUCUUCAAAUAGACCAGCUUUCAGUGAUCCCCAAUCAGCCACUACGCCAAGAGAAUGUGAAAUUGUGGAAGCCAACACCGAGAAUGGCGUGUGUGCAAGUCAAUCCCAGGCUGCUUCUGGUGACGAUGAAGAGGUACCCAUAGAUCAGGACAGUCCGUCUUGCAAGAAAAGAAAGUCAGGAGAAGCUUCUGGUGACGACGAAGAGGUUUCCACAGAUGAGGACAGUCCGGCUCACAAGAGAAGAGAGGCCGGGGAAGCUUCUAGUGACGAUGAAGAGGUUUCUACAGAUCAGGCCAGUCCAGCACGUGAGAAAACAGAGUCAGGAGAAGCUUCUGAUAAUGAAGGAACUUCGGCGACCCAAGCAACUGAUGGACUGAAUGAUUCUUGUCCCAAGGUUAGAUUAGCUGAGGGGCCGGGCGGGACAUGACCCUUCACAAACAUUAGGCUAGGUUAUUUUUUCCCCCUGAAAGCGCCUAGAAUAUCGGGCGGCUUGUAAAUUUCGAGCUAGUGAAAAAUUGAUCAGAUUAGCAUGAUUCAAUUGUUUAAUUAGCUAGCUGCUGCAUUUGUUAAUCAUGCAUGGAAGGCAGCAUAAACCAGUGUUAUCCUAAUGAAUAAGGUCAUUGUGUAAAUUCUGGAGAGCACAACAAUGACAAGUUACAGUCUAACUGUUGAUACAACAUUGAAAAGCUAAUGACUGUGUGAAAAUAGAAUUUGGAUCCUAAAGCUUA